GUUGUCUCAGCCAGCUAAAACGUUCGUUGCUAGUUCGUCGCCAGGUGCACAAGCGACGGCAGCCAAAGUCAACUGAUCGGGGGUCUCGCAUGCACACAUCUUCGCGAGACCAGCGUUGCAUUCGCUCUUGAUUCCUCUCGUUGCACCCUUUUGCUCCCGGAUACUCAUCAUGGCCUCCGAUUCUGAUUUUCCCGUCCGUGCGCGUAGAGACAACGAACCCAACUCACACCAUGGCGCUCCCGUCUCUGCGCCACCAACCGCCCCUUCCCGCUUCCCCGAUCGUCCCGUGCCAACCAGAGCAUCCACGUUGGGUUCAGCCCACGACCUUGGUCGCUCGAAUCUCUCUGCCAAACACGAUUUUCCCACUCACGCUCGCAGCGACGAUCUAAAUCACUGUCAUUCAAGCUGGCAUGACCUCAACGGGAUGCCUGGCUCUCUACCACAUCCCUCCCCCGGUUACCUCUCUGCCAGCCGUCCUCCUACGCCCAAUAGCUCCAACCGUACUCCCACAUCUGAGAUCCCCCCAGAAAGGCCACGGCGGAGGAGCGUUACCUCCCAGCUGUCCGUCCACUCCACAUCUUCGUCAUCCAGUGCUCCAAACAAGGCCGGCGGUCCGUUGACGUCCUCGUCUUCGACUGCCUCCGCUACCCUCUCAUCAUCGCCAUGUUCUGCUUGUGGGAACUCCAUGCAAGGUGCAUUCGUACGUGCACUUGGUACCGUUUUCCACCUUAGUUGCUUCAAGUGCUUGGAUUGUGGCGAUGUCGUUGCAUCAAAGUUUUUUCCCAUCGACGGCCCCGAAGGGAAACAGCUGCCACUUUGUGAGCGAGACUACUUUCGCCGUCUGAACCUCAUCUGUGCCAAUUGUGGCUCUGCCCUCCGUGGUAGCUAUAUUACGGCCUGCAACAAGAAGUACCACGUCGAGCAUUUCACCUGCUCUCUCUGUACAACGUUGUUUGGCCCGCACGACUCAUAUUAUGAGCACGAUGGGGAUGUCUACUGCCAUUUCCAUUAUUCGACGCGAUUUGCGACCAAAUGCGCCGGCUGCAGCAGUGCGAUCUUGAAACAGUUUGUAGAAAUUAAUCGGAACAUGCGUGAUGAAUGCUGGCACCCAGAGUGCUACAUGAUCAACAAGUUCUGGAACGUCAAGGUCGUCUCGCGGAGGUCGAGCGGGUCUAUCUCUGAUGGAUCGGAACUGGAGCCAUCCUACGUUGAAGAGGAAAAACGAGAAACGCCGACCACCCUAAAGGACAAACAGUCCAGGAUGGAGCAACUGGUUUACCGGAUUUGGACUGUGCUCUCGGCAUUCGAGGAGUCAAGCGCUGCAUGCAUAUCAGACAUGCUGCGGCAGGUCAGUAAUGGACAGUACCUCGAUGCCAUCAGGAUGGCGGAGAAGUUUAUUCUGCAUGUGGAAGUCCUAUUCGGGACUAUUGACGACCUUGAGUAUCACUCUGCAAGGUUGAACUUGAAGGGGAUUUCUCAUGUCCGUGAAGCACGCAUGCUUUGUCGUAAGACGGUGGACCUAUUCACGCUUUUGUCGCGCACUCAGGAGACGGGAUCUCGACGAGUAGGCAUGACGCAGGACUUGCUCGCCCUUGUUACAGGGAUAGCCCACUACCUCAAGAUCCUAAUUCGAAUCGCGCUGACAGGGGCACUAAAAUUGGAAAGGGAGCAAAGCGUGAGAGAAGCGAUGCCAUCUUUUCUCGACAAGCUCCAUCUCCUUGCCGUGCAAGCUGGUGAUCCCGGAGCACGCCGGUUGAUCAAAAAUGGUAAUGGUGAGGUGGUGAGUGCGCGGCAAAAUGGGAGUGUUGGAAAUCAAGGCACACAAGGGGUCACUUACGGCUAUAGGAGUCUGGCACCAGAGCUCGCAGGCGAGUCGCCGUUCUCAACCACGUCGCCCUCUAGGCUCUCAGUGAAUAAUCCGCCGUCGGAUCGGUGUAUCAAGUGCACAGAAGCCGUGGAAGAGGAUUGUGUUCGACUUGGUACCUAUCAGAGGUGGCACUCGCACUGUUUGCAGUGCAAUGUCUGCGGAAAAGCUGCUGCGGUGGCUGUUCCCAAGGAGCUAGCUCCACCCAAGGACGACAAGGAGAAGGAUAAGGAUAAGAGCGAGAAAGAUCCUGCAAAGUCCUCUGCUGUCAAACGAUCCCCUGCGAACGUAGCCAUUUUCGUGUACGAGGUUGAGUCUCUCAAGGACAUACCCCCUUAUGGAGAAGCUCCUUCCGUGAUCCUGUGUACCGAUCACGCUCGCUCUGGUUGCCGAAACGGGUUCCAGCCGGUUUCGAGACUAGAGCAAUACGCAUUCUUGCUGAACAUCGCUUUGCGGCGUUUGUAUCUGGUCUUGAAACAACAGGGGGUCAUUCCGCUCUCGCCAGGUAUGUGUCUUUUCUUUCCCUUCCAUCCACGACCCCCCUAUCAGACCUCCUCUUCUCCAGUUGCGUCCGCAGCGCCUACUCCAAAGUCUAGCGAGCACGAUCCUUAUCGCAACUCGGGCGACAUUAUGCGCAUGAAAUCCGUCCACCUCGAUCGCAAGCUUUCUGCGACAGCACGUUUACCUAGACGAUCGACCGUCGUCAACAGUCCCACUGGCAAGACGGUUCAUCCGUCGGAACCGUCGAGCACUCAACAGCGUCCACCACCACAGCAAGAGGUUAUCAAAGCACCUCAACCUCAACGCGGCCCGCCGCCAAAUCUCAUUCCGGGGCGGCAACCGUCACAACCCGGGUCAUCAUCUGCUGGGACCAAUUCGCUUCCACCUUCGCGUAACCAACUACGGUUGCCGGGCACGCUAGACACGAAUGUCCUGAACCUGCCACAGGCACGUCCAGCACUCGUUCGGAACAACACCGAGGUGAAGAUCGUAGACGACUCUGCACCGAAUUCCCCUGCUGCUGUUCUCGAGGAAUCGCCAUUGCGUGUCGCAGACGAUGGGAUUACGCUUGCUGACAUUCCGCAGAUUGUAGUGGCGGCACAGGCACGGGAGCAGCAGCGCUCGCUGCCAUCUCAGAGUGCUGUGCCAUACAUUUCAGGGCUGAGCGCGCUUGAGCUGGCGAUCGUGAAACACUCUGCCUUGCUGGCACUAUUGCGGUCCCCCAUCAGAGACCAAGUGGAUUUGGACGAGAUCUUGGAGCUGAUCGAGACGAAGAAAGGUGGAUUUUGGAAUAAGUUAUUUAAAGCAGGAGAUAAGAAGAAUGUUAAGAAGAAGGGUGUUUUCGGUAUCCCUUUGGAGCUUUUAGUGGAGCGUGAAGGGUGUGAAUCGGUACUUGGAGCGACACGAAAACCGUUGGGAGUACCAAGUUUUAUCGAUGAUGUUGUUUCUGCAAUGCGGCAAAUGGACAUGUCCGUGGAGGGCAUAUUCCGUCGGAAUGGUAACAUCAGGCGCCUGAAGGAGCUCGCAGAGAACAUCGACCACGACCCUUCAUCUGUGGAUCUCUCGCAGGACAAUCCUGUACAACUGGCUGCGUUACUGAAAAAGUUCCUACGAGAGUUGCCGGAACCGUUAAUGACGUUCAAGCUGCACAGGUUACUCAUUGCAUCGCAGUCGCUUUCGACGGAGGCUGAACGACGGCGUAUCCUACAUAUGGUCUCUCUACUGCUGCCUAAAAGUCAUCGAGACACGAUGGAGGUGCUUUUUGUGUUUUUGAAAUGGGUCGCCUCAUUCGCACAUAUGGACGAAUCGACGGGAAGCAAGAUGGACUUACAGAACCUUGCCACGGUCAUUUGUCCAAGCAUUCUGUAUUCACGAGGUCGGGACGCCGUGCGGGACGAGAGCUUCGGUGCGAUCCGUGUGGUGACGGCCCUUCUGGAGAAUCAAGACGAGUUCUAUACUGUCCCGGAAGAAUUUAUCCCGAUCUUGCGGGACCAGGACUAUUUUGCGGGUAGCAUGGAUCUUCCGAGCAAGGAGUUCAUGAAAAAAUCGCCUCCAGAGUUGACGACGGCGCCGAACGAUUCCCAACAAGUACGGAAUGGAAGGCAGCAGUCACCACAUCCAUACCCCGGCGUUGUUGGCCAUUCAUAUCCAUCGCCUGUACAUAAUCCACCGACUUCGCUUUCGCAAGGGGCGAUGAUGCUCCAGAACCAGUCGCAGCAGCAGCAACAGCAACAGCAACCACACCAUCCGCGAAGUCAGCAGCCGUCGCAGACUCAAGACCAGGAUUGGGCGAUCCUACCGCGACCGAAUGCUUCUACGGGGAAUAGUGUCCAUACUGUAUCGCCGAAUGGUCACCAGGCAGUACCUAUCCGACAGCGCCCAUGA